AUGAAAUCAACUACAUACUUGGAAAGCUACAAAGACCAUGGUAUCCGUCGGCUGAAACGGGGAUAUUACUGUGAGUUUUGUAACGUUUUGCACGUUACCAAGCCGAAGGUGGCUCACCACGUGAAGGAGGAUACUCAUAAGUAUAAUAGAGGAAUACUAUUGCUGAAAGAAGUUGAAAAUGGAGUACUUGCGUUCGAUAAAGUGUUUAUAGAGGCCAAGGCAUGGCACGGUUUGGUGGAUGACACGUGUAUUAUAUGUGACAUCGAUUUCAAGGAUGAUAAUAUGCAUAUGAACGAUUCGACGCACGUUUUUAAACUAAUACAAAUGAAAUUGGAGUUCUUUGAGGGUAAUAUUCUCCGCAAGUGCAAAGAAUUGUACACUCGCUGCAUGAACAAAGAUAGUCAAAUGGACAACAGAGUCAUCAAUGUUGACGACGUUAUAAAUACAACUACGUACCCCGCACAAGAGUCGGACACGAAAAAGAAGGAUUUGUCAAGGAAAGGAACGAAUUUGCCCCAAACAAAAAUAGCGAAGCCCGAAAUCGAAAAUGAAACACCAAAAGUCGACGAGGAACCGUGCAAAGUUGACGAUAAUAGCUACGAAGCUAGUUCGAGGAAAAAUCUAGAUUCAGAAUCGGACACAGCCAAUCUUUAUCAGCCACAUGAGGCGGUCCAGAUAGCAAAAUCAUUUGCAAAUAAUAAUGGGAUCAAAUUCAAGUAUGGCAAUCACAGUGCCUUUUGCCAGAUCUGUAAUGUGACAAUAUCAUCCUCCUUGAAGAGGAUGAAGGAACACGUGGCUUUGCCAACGCACGGAGAAAACUUCAGAAAACCGCGUUCGAAUAACAUUACUAAGACACUGUCUUCCGUCUUCAUUAAUAAAGUAGAGCGGGUCACAGUUUUAAGCGGCAGCAAGUUUAGCACAGAGUUUAUAAGAGAGAUUCGUCACAACUUGUAUCACUGUGGAUUUUGUAACAUAAUUUCCCAAGGCUUGGAGGAAUUGGAAUACCACCUUGUGUCUACAUCUCAUAAGGACAAGAAAAUGUUUUUCUCUCGUACAUUAACAAUACUUAUUAUGGCCCAAAAUAGAGGAAGG